CCCCCGCCCGCCGCCGCCGCCAGCUCCGCCCUGCCCGCGCGGGCGCCAGCGCGGCUUUGUCCCCUCCGACCACGGCCUGUGGCGCCCGCGGCACCAUGAUCGCGACCAAGGAGAAGAAUAAAACCCCCAAGGACAGCAUGACGCUCCUGCCUUGCUUCUACUUCGUGGAGCUGCCCAUCGUGGCGUCGUCCAUCGUGUCCCUGUACUUCCUGGAGCUGACCGAUCUCUUCAAGCCGGCCAAGGUGGGCUUCCAGUGCUACGACCGCACGCUCUCCAUGCCCUACGUGGAGACCAACGAGGAGCUCAUCCCGCUGCUCAUGCUCCUCAGUUUGGCCUUCGCCGCGCCCGCCGCGUCGAUCAUGGUGGGCGAGGCCCUGCUGUACUGCCUGCAGUCGCGGCUGUGGGGCCGCGGCGGGGGCCCGGGCGGGGCCGAGGGCAGCAUCAGUGCCGGCGGCUGCAGCUUCAACUCCUUCCUGAGGCGCACGGUGCGCUUCGUGGGCGUCCACGUGUUCGGCCUGUGCGCCACGGCCCUGGUGACCGACGUCAUCCAGCUGGCCACCGGCUACCACGCGCCCUUCUUCCUGACGGUCUGUGAGCCCAACUACACGCUGCUGGGCACGUCGUGCGACGCCAACCCCUACGUCACGCAGGACAUCUGCUCCGGCCACGAUGCCCACGCCAUCCUGUCCGCACGGAAGACGUUCCCGUCCCAGCACGCCACGCUGUCCGCCUUCGCCGCCGUCUACGUGUCGAUGUACUUCAACUCGGUCAUCUCGGACACCACCAAGCUGCUGAAGCCCGUCCUGGUGUUCGCCUUUGCCAUUGCCGCGGGCGUGUGCGGCCUCACCCAGAUCACGCAGUACCGCAGCCACCCCGUGGACGUGUACGCCGGCUUCCUCAUCGGCGCUGGCAUCGCCGCCUACCUGGCCUGCCACGCCGUGGGCAACUUCCAGGCGCCGCCCGCGGAGAAGCCGGUGGCCCCCGCGCCUGCCAAGGACGCGCUGCGGGCGCUGACCCAGCGGGGCCACGACUCGGUGUACCAGCAGAACAAGUCGGUGAGCACGGACGAGCUGGGCCCGCCCGGGCGGCUGGAGGGUGUGCCGCGGCCCGUGGCCCGCGAGAAGACCUCGCUGGGCAGUCUGAAGCGGGCCAGCGUGGAUGUGGACCUGCUGGCCCCACGCAGCCCCAUGGGCAAGGAGAGCAUGGUGACCUUCAGCCACACGCUGCCCCGCGUGAGCACGCCCUCGCUCGAUGACCCCGCGCGCCGCCACAUGACCAUCCACGUGCCGCUCGACGCCUCGCGCUCCAAGCAGCUCAUCAGCGAGUGGAAGCAGAAGGCGCUGGAGGGCCGUGGCCUGGGGCUGCCCGACGAGGCCAGCCCGGCGCACCUGCGGGCGCCCGCUGAGCCCAUGGCCGAGGAGGAGGAGGAAGAGGAGGAGGAGGAAGAGGAGGAGGAGGAGGAUGGGGAGGAAGGGGGUCCCGCCCCACCCUCGCUCUACCCCACCGUCCAGGCGCGGCCGGGGCUGGGGCCGCGGGUCAUCCUCCCGCCGCGGGCCGGGCCGCAGCCGCUGGUGCACAUCCCCGAGGAGGGGGCGCAGGCGGCGGCCGGCUUGUCCCCCAAGAGCAGUGCUGCCGUGCGGGCCAAGUGGCUCAUGAUGGCCGAGAAGAGUGGGGCGGCCGUGGUCGCGGCCCCUGCGCAGCCCCGCGUGGCCAACCCGCCCCGGCUGCUGCAGGUGAUCGCCAUGUCCAAGGCGCCGGGCGGGCCGGGCCCCAAGGCGGCUGAGACGGCCUCAUCCUCCAGCGCCAGCUCCGACUCCUCCCAGUACCGGUCGCCGUCAGACCGCGACUCGGCCAGCAUCGUCACCAUUGACGCGCACGCGCCCCACCACCCCGUGGUGCACCUGUCUGCGGGUAACGGGCCCUGGGAGUGGAAGGCGGCGGGCGGCGGGGCUAAGGGGGCGGAGGGCGAGGGCAGCUACGAGCUGGGGGACCUGGCUCGCGGCUUCCGGGGCGGGCCCAAGCCGCCCGGCGUGUCCCCCGGCUCGUCCAUCAGCGACGUGGACCAGGAGGAGCCACGCUUUGGUGCCGUGGCCACCGUCAACCUGGCCACGGGCGAGGGGCUGCCCCCACUGGGCGCGGCCGAUGGGGCGCUGGGGCCGGGCAGCCGCGAGUCGACCCUGCGGCGCAAAGCAGGCGGCCUGGCGCUGGGCGAGCGCGAGGCGGCAGGCGAGGCGGAGGCAGAGAGCUACUACCGCAAGAUGCAGGCGGCCCGCAGGUUCAAGGACUGAGCGCAGCGGCCGCGGCGCCAAACGGGGCGGGGCAGCCGCAUGGGGCGGGGUGGACGCGGGCGGGGCGGGACUUCGUGGCAGACAAUAAAGGUCGAUACUGGCGUCUGGCUCCUCAGUCAUUUCGGUCCAAGGACCCCCGAGGGCAGCCCUGUGGUGGCACACGGGCCGGGCCGGGGUCCCCAGCUCCACCUGCCUGGGGCGCACACUCGUUGUGGGGGGCGGGGCCCAUCGAGUGCACCGGGAGCUGGGGCAGUGCCGAGGUCCACACCGUGGGGCACGACCCCUGGCCCCACCUCCCAGCCCCCCCAGGUGCGUGGGGACAGGAGACCAAGAGACAGGAACUGGGUGCCCCCACGUGAACCUGCAGGGGCACAAGAACGAGCGGGACAAGGCAGGGUUGUUAUAAAAUUGCUUUAAUUCCGUUCUCUCCGCAUUACAAGCCGGCGGCGGGCGGUGGAGCGCGCCGAGCCCCCGUCACAAUACUGACCUGUAAUUGCUGUUAUCAAAAUAUACAUCUGUCACCAUAAAAACCGCGAUUGCUGCCCCUCGUCUCUGACAACAGGUAUAAAAAAUUAUAAA